AAAGCUGAGAGGCGGCCGAGGGGCGGGCCCCGCCUCCUCCUGCCUCUUUGCGGAUCCUGAGCCGGAGGAGACGCACGCUGCUGACAUUGUCCUCUCCGGGCCACCCUUACAGCCGUCUUGGGAACUUUCUCUCCCCUGUGCACAAUGGCAACUCUUAAGGAAAAACUGAUUGCACCAGUUGCAGAAGAAGAGGCAACGGUUCCCAACAAUAAGAUCACUGUAGUGGGUGUUGGACAAGUUGGCAUGGCGUGUGCCAUCAGCAUUCUGGGAAAGUCUCUGGCUGAUGAGCUUGCUCUUGUGGAUGUUUUGGAAGAUAAACUCAAAGGCGAAAUGAUGGAUCUGCAGCAUGGGAGCUUGUUUCUUCAGACACCCAAAAUUGUGGCAGAUAAAGAUUACUCUGUGACCGCCAAUUCCAAGAUUGUGGUGGUGACUGCAGGAGUUCGCCAGCAAGAGGGGGAGAGUCGCCUCAAUCUGGUGCAGAGGAACGUUAAUGUCUUCAAGUUCAUUAUUCCUCAGAUCGUCAAGUACAGUCCUGAUUGCAUCAUAAUUGUGGUUUCUAACCCAGUGGAUAUCCUCACAUACGUUACCUGGAAACUAAGUGGAUUACCCAAGCACCGUGUGAUUGGAAGCGGGUGUAAUCUGGAUUCUGCUAGAUUCCGCUACCUAAUGGCGGAAAAACUUGGCAUUCAUCCCAGCAGCUGCCACGGAUGGAUUUUGGGAGAACAUGGCGACUCAAGCGUGGCUGUGUGGAGUGGGGUGAAUGUGGCAGGUGUUUCUCUCCAGGAACUGAAUCCAGAAAUGGGAACGGACAAUGACAGUGAAAACUGGAAGGAAGUGCAUAAGUUGGUGGUAGAGAGUGCCUAUGAAGUCAUCAAGCUGAAGGGAUACACCAACUGGGCUAUUGGACUAAGUGUGGCUGAUCUCAUUGAAUCCAUGUUGAAAAAUCUCUCCAGGAUUCACCCAGUGUCAACGAUGGUGAAGGGGAUGUAUGGCAUUGAGAAUGAGGUCUUCCUGAGCCUUCCAUGUAUCCUGAAUGCUCGGGGACUGACCAGUGUUAUCAACCAGAAGCUGAAGGACGAGGAGGUCGCCCAACUCAAGAAAAGUGCAGACACCCUGUGGGACAUCCAGAAGGACCUAAAGGACCUGUGACUACUGGCUUCUAGUUCUAGGCUGUAGAAACUUAAAAACUACAGUGUGAUUAGCCAUGAGCCUUUAGUUUUCAUCUAUAUACAUGGGGCACAGCUUGCUUUUAUCUUCCUAAAUCUGUGAAUCUGGGUUCACAGAAUCAAAGCCUGUGCUUGGUUUAAUGCUUGCAAUAUGAGUCCUUGAACAAAUAAAAUUAACGAUCGUAGUGUG